AUGUUGGUUAAAAAUGAUUCUCAGAAAGUGAUUACUGAAUUGUUUUUUAUUGGAUUUGACAAUGUAGAAAGACCACUGGCUGUUGGUGUGAUCAUGCUGAUAUUGUACACACUUACUAUGAUUGUUAACACUGCAAACAUUGGCUUUAUUGUAAUGGAUAAACGUCUGCACCAGCCAAUGUAUAUUUUUAUCUGCCACUUAGCAAUUGUAGACAUGAUCUACUGUACAAGUUCAUGUCCAACUAUGAUAGGUAUUCUUCUUGUUGGCUAUAAAACUAUAUCGUAUAAAGCAUGCAUGGUUCAGAUGUUUAUCUACCAUUUUAGUGGAAGACUGGAGAUGUUUACUAUUACCGUGAUGGCAUUUGACCGUUUUGUUGCUAUAAGCAUGCCAUUACAAUAUAAUUCUUUAAUGACAAAUUUCCGAUCUGUUUUAAUCACUAUUUCACUCUGGUUGGUGGGCGCUUCAAUUGUAUCCAUGCUACCUGCUUCUAUUGCACCUCUACCAGUUUGUUACGUUACUCUAAAGUACAUAUUUUGUGACUAUGCAUCUAUUACAAGGGCAACUUGUGCAGACCCAGAGACAUAUUUUAAAGCUACAGCUAUUCUGAUAUCUUGUAUAAUUUUUGGAACAUUCGGUUUCAUUUGCUUAUCUUAUAUAAAGAUAGCUAUUGUUGUUUCAAGAAUGACCUCAAACACUGACAAGAAGAAAACUAUACAUACUUGUUUAAAUCAUGCUAUAGUUGUAGUCUGCUACAUUUUCAGACGAAUAAUCCUCACUAGGGUUGGUAUAGUUUUAACACUGGAGGAACUAAAUGGGUUGGUGGUGGGAUCAAUUAUAUUACCAUCUUUAAUUAAUCCUUUCAUAUACUGCUUUAGAACAAAGGAAAUCAGAAGUAAAAUAUUUAAAAUAUUUUCAAAAGUUGAACCAACUGUAAAAAGAAUGCAAUCAUUUUAG